AUGGACAUUAUGGAUUUGCUGCAGGACAGGAGCGCCGCAGCACACCUCACAGCCCCAUCCAGGACAUUCUGGAUCAUCUUGUCCGUUGCCUUGUUUUUUGCAGUUGUUGGCAUCAGCAUUGUGGGGGUUCUCAGCUUCUCCCCCAGCUCUGCCCAGGCUGGCUCACAGCUCGUCCGGCUAACGGUCCAGGGCCAGCAAGACCCGCUGAGGAAUCAGACAGCCUUGGUGGACAAGUCCAGGAGCACCGUGACCUACUACAUAACCUCGCAGAGUAACCACACUGCUGUGGUGCUGUAUGACAGCAGGAACGGCUAUGUGUGCUACAAGCCGGUGGAGCAGCACGUGUGCUACCUGAGGAGGAUGGACGCCUGGGACCUCCAGACCCUACAGACGACCCUCAACACGUCUGAGCAGAGAGGUGAUCAGCUGCUACGUCAGAAUAACCAGACCAAGUACUACCAGGAGUUCCUGGGCAUUCUGGCAAGGCAAGAGGUGGACCCCAAAAGCCUGGGGGAGGCUGUCCAGACCCUGUGUGAGCAGACAUCCAUCUUCUGGGUCAGGAGAGGGGAGGGCCCAGGGAAGCAGCGGCUGAUCUACCUUUGCAUUGACAUCUGUUUUCCAAGCAAUGUUUGUGUAUCUAUCUGCUUCUAUUACCUCCCCGAGUAA